AUGGUCGCGUUGGUCAACCCCGGCAUCGCUGCGCACGGGGCCGCGAUGCGCAAGUAUCGAGCCGCCAAGACGUUUGCCUACGCCAACAAGGUGCCCAAUGACACGUUGCCCGAGAUCAGCGUCACAGGCGUCGACGGCCUCCUGCAAUGGCCGCUGCCGCCAGCACAAGAACAACAGCUCUUCGCGCGCUACACGGCCAUCAACGGCUGCAUCACAGUUCCGUUCGAAGACAUCCAGUAUGACUGCGGAGACGACAGUCCGUGGGAAGACUUUUUAUACGAGCGCGUUCUCGACGCUGUGGACCUCGGGCUGGGGCUGACGACAACGGAUCUCUCUGCGUACUUUUCUCACAUGUGCCUCGAUACGACGGGCUCUGUGGACGCCUUCACACCCGAUUCCAUCGACGCAGAGGACUUCGACACAAAUCUCUUUGGCACGCUCGUCGUUGUGCUCCCUGCUCCGUACAACGGCGGCAAGAUCACGGUGGCGUUCGAUGGCGCGUCGAUGUCGGUGCAGUUGAAGCCACUCAAGAAGGCCAUGCGCUUUUUAGCAACGUACAGAAACACGACGCUGGCGUCGUCGCCCAUCACGUCCGGCUACCGCGCCGCGCUCGUGUAUCACUUGGUCGAUGGGGAUCUCCCGCUGGAUGACAAAUCGCUCCUACCCGUGCCGCGCCACGAGUCGAUUUCUGCCUUUGCAGCGAUCGCGGCGACACCGCUGCCGCCUCGCGAGCGCAUUGCGCGCCCGAUUCGAUAUGCGAUGGAAGCGCUCGCGUUUGACGCACUAAAGCCGGCAGAGGCGGACUUUGUCGAUCUCCUCGUCGCCACGCAGUGCUACGACAUCGCACUUGUGCAGUUUAGCACUAACGCGCUUGGCCUUCGUCUCGAGAAUGGGGCUCUCAACAUCGUGGCCGCGUGCGUGCCACAUCCAUCGUGCCGGAUCCCUAAGGUUGUCGUCCAGCGCUUGCUGGGGAAGAGCGCCAACGCCUUUCUCCGCGACGCUCCGGAACGGCUUGGUGACGACAACGACAUCUGUGCGUGUUCAGCAGCAGCGAUUCUCUUUUGGCCCAAGGCCUGCCGUGUCGGUAUCGUGGGCGUCGAAGUCGCCUUCCCGCUGCUCCAGAAGGCGAUAUCGACCCCAAGAGCCAGCAAGCUCGGUCUGCACUGCGCCGACGAUCUUGUUUGCGGCGCCAUUGGACUCUUCCAGAGCAUGUCGCACCCGUACGGUUUGGCCAAGUUGCCGUUCAAGUAUGUCGCUAUGAUGAACGACGCCUUGGUCAAUUGCAACAACGUCAAGAUGGCGGCGCUCUUUCUCAGCGACGCAAUAUCGGUCUCUAGCCAGCUUGGCCACGACACAGCGACCGACAUGAUUCACCUCUGCUUGACCAAGUACGGGUGGGUAGCUCUGGAGGCGGCGAUGCUGCGGCUCAUCCAACGCUGGGUCAAAGACGAUGUGGGCGCCAUCUCUCGGCUCUUGGCGAGCUUGGCGGGUGCCACCAAGAACGGAAAAUGCGCCCCAUUGAAGCAGCCAUUUGUUUGUGAGUUCUUCAAGCGCUGCUGGCACGAGGUGCUUAUCCACCAAUCCGUGUGGCAGUCCUCGACCAUCGACGAGUACAUUGUUCUCAUGGACGGAUAUCUUCACGACAUUGCGCCUUUGGAUGCGCAUGGCCAUUGGCUGAACCACAAGCUGCCACCAGCGCUCGUGUCGAUGGUCGACAGCUUCCUCUACAAGCACCGCCGCGGGGUGUACACGCUCCUAUCGCUCCGCUCCACGACCGAAUAUCGACUGGAAGUUUUUCCGGACCUCCUCCUCAAGGCCACCGCGCUGCAACCGACGCUGGUUCAAAAGCCGUAUCUCGAUGUCAUUGCAAAGGAUGUCGACGGGCACCAACUCGGUGACUUCUUUUCAACGUCGAGCCUCGAGGGCGGCUACUGUCUCUUGCGCGUCAUGGACCAAAUCGGCCGCUGCGACGAACGACUCAUGGAGAAAGUGGCGCUGCUCAAUGGCUACGAAGUCGUCAUCGCCGUCUCGUGGCUCGUCACAAAACAUGCGACGAUCGCGGCGUCGACGCGCGCGUCGGCGGUCAUCUUCUUGGACACGUGCGCCGUCACGCUCCUCCAAAAUGCAGAAAUUGAAGAGGUCACGCCCGAUAUCAUGGUGGAUCUCGUUAUGGCAACGGUCGUCGCGUUCAACGUCAUCGCCCCCGAGAAGAUCCCGAGUUUUCUGACGAAGUGGAUUGCAGAAAUGCCGCCGACCCGCGAUACGAACCGAGACCAGCUCUUUCCCGUCAUUGAGCAAGUGACGGCCAGGUUCCCCGGCCGCUUCCGUGCCGCGAUUGUUGCGCUCGCGACGCA